AGCCUCCAAUUGAGAGCACAGAAAAACCUGAAGAAAUCUUCCAUAUUAUUGAACAUUUCUGUUUGGGAAGAAGACGUCUUCAUUUGUUUGGAAAUGACAGCAGCUUACGUCCAGGUUAGUAAAUAAGAGUUGCAUGAGAGUUGACAAGCGAGAGUUUACAUGAGAGUUUUCUCAACUUUCAUUGCUUCAUCAAACGAGAACAAGAGUUGCAUGAGAGUUGACAAGCGAGAGUUUACAUGAGAGUUUUCUCAACAUUCAUUGCUUGAUCGAACGAUAACAAGAGUUGCAUGAGAGUUGACAAGCGAGAGUUUACAUGAGAGUUUUCUCAACUUUCAUGAAAAUUCUCACUUGUCAACUCUCAUUACAAUUAUUGUUCUCAUUCGAUCCUAGUUGAGAGUUGACGAUGGUUUGUAGUUUAUUUCCUACUUUUGUCAUAUCUUUCUAGGUUGGCUGACAGUUGGGCCAGACCUCUCCAGCUCAAAUUUCUCAAGUGAGACAUACAAUUCAUAUUUCAACAGUUCCCCUACCGAAUACUUAGUAGGCGACACGCCUGAAAUCGAGAAUCUUCGACCCAAGUCUCCCAAGGCGAAAAACAAAGGUGAUGGCGGGAAAGGCCGUGGGGGGAUGGGACCUGGUGGACCCGCGUGGGCUAACCGCGGGAUGCGUGGAAUCGGGGGGCGUGGGAUAGGAGGAAGGGGUGGGUUAACUCGGGGUAUUGGGUUUUCUAUCCGUGGCAACCGGGGGUUAAGUAGAGGUGGUUUUCCGACACGAUAGGUAGGGGUUCAACAUUGGACGAUGGCAAUAUAUGUGCAUAAUUAAUAAAAAGCGUAGUUUUAUUGGUUGUUGUGUUGUUUUUGUUUGCAGUGAAAGUAAUUUGUUUUGUGUAUUGUAUUUACUCGUUAAAGCGCCCCGGUGCUCUUUAAAUAAUGAUGUUUUCAACCC